CUACUGAAAAAUUGCCGAUGCCUUUCUCUCCUCUUUCUCUCUCUAAGUUAUUCUCUCUCUCAUGUCUUGAUCCAUUUCACCCUUUUCUCUCUCUAAAUAGAUAAGCGAGCACCCCAUUAAACCAGCCACUAUGUCCUGAUAGAUAACCCAUUCAGCGUUCUCUCUCCUCCCCCAUCUCUCUUUCUCUCUCUAAUUUUUUGUUCUCUCUCUUCUCUUUUUAAGUUCUGGGCUACUCCCAUUGGCAAUCUCUUAUUUCUUUAUCUCUCUCUCUCUGUAAAUGAAUCUUAUGCGAUUUAGAAUUGGGGCACAAUAAUUUAAUCCCUAGGUGCUGAUUUAGGAUCGAAUGGUGAGAAAACCCCCUUAAAUUCAAGCUCUGUGAGCUUGAGGAGGGUUCUGUUGUUUUUGUAUCUCUAUUGUUUGUAUUGGGUUUUCACAGAGACAUGGAAAGUUUAGAGAGUGAAGGUGGUUCAGACCACCAAAGGGUUUCGAAAGAUUUUGCUCAGGGUUCCUCUGCAAGUACUCGCUUUGAUGCUGCGCAGUAUGCAUUUUUUGGUAAGGAUGUCACAGAGGAAGUUGAGUUGGGAGGCUUGGAAGAUGAUGAUCACCUUGCAUUGGUUGGGUUUGAUGAUGAGGAGUAUAAAAUGUCUUCAAUUGGGGAUACAGAAGAGCUGGAUGGAUUAGAUCUCAUAGCUGAAGUUGAUGACCUUGCAAGCACCUUUAUGAAGUUAAACACCGGUGUUGGCGAACCAAAGAGUUCAAAUAUUAGUGAGAGAGGCUUUUUGUCAAGAGAAAGUUCCGCCACCGCUGAUUGGAACCAAGAUGCCGACUUUCCCAACUGGUAUGACCAACCGAUACUCGAUACUGAUAAUGUGCAACAAGAAGGCAAGAGGUGGUGGUCCCAACCCCAACCCUCUUCUGCCCGCCCCUCUGACCCCAAGCCACUGUAUAGAACAUCAUCUUAUCCCCAACAACAGCCUCACUGGUCGAGUGACCCCAUUGUGCCAAAGUCCUCGUUUAGCUCUUACCCACCCCCUGGCGGCCGGUCCCACUCUUCCCCUAACCAAUUACGCCAUCCCAAUAUGCCCUCACCCUCACCUCCUGGGCCCCACCUUCCUUUUUCCUCAAAAUCCACUGCACCACCCCCUUUCCCGACCCCCCAACUUCACCUUACCCCUCAAAACCUUCAUUACAUAGCAAAUAUGUCAAAUAUCCACCCACCACAAUUUGCCCCUUCAAGCCUUUCUUUAAACAACCGGCCCCAACUGAGCCAUUGGAUGAACCAGCCAGGCCAUGGUGGGCUCUUGCCAAGCAUGAUGCAGCAGCCACCACUGGCUCAGGCAAAUGGAUUGAUGCAACAGGCUCAGUUUUUGCAGCAACAACAAAGGAUACAUUCGAUACAAGCUGUCAUGACCCAUUUGCAAGGCAUAAACCCACAGCUCUUUAGCCCACAUUCUCAACAAUCCCACAUGAUGAUGAGCAAGUUUGAACCGCCUAUUGGGGCCAUGGACCAGGGUGGUAGGUCCAAGGCCACCCAGCGAUCAAGAAGAGGCGGGUAUGUUCAAGACCAAAAUAGCCAGAGGAAUGAAAAUAAUAGCAAUGGUUGGCCUCAAUUUCGGUCCAAGUAUAUGUCAGCUGAUGAGAUAGAAAGCAUACUUCGAAUGCAACAUGCUGCUACCCAUAGUAGCGAUCCAUAUGUCGAUGACUAUUAUCACCAAGCUUGCUUAUCCAAGAGCUCAGCUGGGGCCCGCCUCAAGCACCAUUUUUGCCCCUCAUUUCUCCGAGAUUUACCCCCUCGUGCCCGUGCCAACAAUGAGCCCCAUGCCUAUCUCCAAGUUGAUGCUCUAGGACGAGUCCCCUUUUCAUCAAUAAGACGGCCCCGCCCCUUACUUGAAGUGGACCCACCUGAGGCCUCGCCUGAUGGACCUGGAGGACUUGGGCCUAAGCCUGCUGAGAAGCCCCUCGAGCAAGAGCCCAUGUUAGCUGCGAGAAUAGCCGUUGAAGAUGGCCUCUGUCUCUUGCUUGAUGUUGAUGAUAUUGAUAGGCUUUUGCAAUUUAGCCAGCCCCAAGAUGGCGGGGUUCAACUUCGUCGACGCCGACAAGCCUUGCUCGAGGGUCUUGCUGCCUCCCUUCAACUUGUGGAUCCACUCGGGCCCGCAAAGGGGCCCUCGGGCCUAACCCCAAAGGAUGAUCUGGUCUUUUUACGCAUUGUCUCUCUCCCCAAAGGCCGGAAGCUUCUGACCCAUUACCUCCAAUUGCUAUCACCAGGGAGUGAGCUGACACGCAUAGUUGCAAUGGCCAUUUUUAGGCACCUUCGGUUCCUUUUUGGUGGAUUACCAUCUGACCCUGACUCUGUGGAAACCACCAUGAACCUAGCCCUCACUGUAUCUGUUUGCGCCCACGGCAUGGACCUGGGCUCACUAAGUGCUUGCUUGGCUGCUGUUGCAUGUUCAAAUGAGCACCCACCUUUGCGCCCGCUUGGUAGCUCAGCAGGUGAUGGAGCCUCAGUUGUGGUCAAGGCAGUGCUAGACCGAGCCACUGAGCUCCUCAUGGACCCACAUGGCUCGUAUAGCAUGCCUAAUCGAACCUUAUGGCAAGCGUCAUUUGAUGCCUUCUUUGGUCUGCUUACAAAGUAUUGUUUUAGCAAAUACGAGAGUAUUAUCCAGGCUGUGGUGAGUGGUCCUGGUGGGCCUGGGCCCAUUGGGGCGCGUGAGGUGGCUAGGGCAGUUGCGAGAGAGAUGCCGGUUGAGCUUUUGCGGGCAAGCCUGCCUCAUACAAGUGAAGCUCAGAGGAAGGUUUUGGUGGAAUUCUCGCAGAGGUCGAUGUCAGGGCUCACAGGCCCAGGGGGGCAGGAGAUGGGGCCUGGUUAGGCCCCCCAACACAUUGUAGGGGUCCAAGCUUUCUACAGUUUUGAAUGUGGGUCCCAGUUUUUUAAGGUGUCGCAUGUGGGUCCCUGCUCUCUAGGGUUUCUUUACCCUUUUGAGUUCAUGGCAUAGUGGGGGGCAGUGGCCUGUGUUGGAGAUGCAUGUUUUUUAUGUCUGAUGAUGGCAAUUGAAGGAUGCUAAGGUAAACUUACCGUGAAACCUUCCUUUCUUUUCCUCUUUAUUUCUUUGAACUAUCUUGUUACUCCUUAUUUGGUUCUCCCCUUUUGGGGGGGUCUGUAGUACCUUCUAUGUAGUUUUUCUUUUCUUUUCUUCUUUUGGAAUUUUUGGGAACUUUUAAGUGGGCCUGCUAAUGUGUAAGAUUUGAGGGUUCUUUUCUCUCAAAAGUUUGAUGGUGUGGGUGGAGGAACUUUUUAAGGAUGGAGUUUCCUUAUUCAUUAUGGGAGCUGAAUUUUGGUGCUCCAGAAUGGGACUCCGAAAUCCAAAGCGUGAAAUAGGGGUAGACGAAAAUGGUUGUACAUGGGUGUAGCUAGUAAUCUAGGAGGGAAAUCAUGUUUCAAUAGAAGGGGAUAUUUUCUUCAUUCCUGUUUCUUUAACCUCUCUCUCUCCAUCUCACAAGUUCUGUUACAAGGCAUUGGACAUGAAGACAAUGGUGUUGUGGAAACAUAGCUGCUUGUCAUUGAAUGGAAGUAUGUUAUAUUUUGUUCUCA